UUACCUCACUAUAAUCACAUCUGUGUCAAUAUUCAAACUAUAAAGAUCACUCUCUACACACACACAUCUUGGUCUUAGUCCAAGCCCUUAUUGUUGCCGAGUCCAUUGCCCCUGUUAAAAAGAAAGGACUUCAAACUUAACGGCCGCACCUUCUCUUUUCUUCUCUCUCUACUUCCUUUUUAUUAAUGGCCAAAGGAGGAGGACUCACUAUAGAUCCUGAUUCAACUAGUUUCUUCAUUACCAACAAGCCAACUGUAUUAAACUCUUAUACAGAACCCAAUCAUACUAGUAGGUUCAAGAAUGAUAUCAUGGACAUCUCUACCAACCCAAUUCGUAACAGUGGUGAUGAAGAUGUUCCUUCUCCUGCAAGUGCCAAUUGGAAACCAGUACUAGUCAAUGAAAUGGACUUCUUUCCCGCCGACAGGAAUUGUUCUAAGGAAAGUCAUAGGGUUAAUAUCAAGAAAGAGAGUGCACAAGAUAUGGUGAUCCGCAGUUUGGGAAUUAAAACUGGUUUGAAUCUUACCACAAAUACUAGUAGCGAGAAGUCAAAUGAGGAUGAUAGAACAAACAACGCGAGUAACAAGAAAAGUUUUAAUGAGUUGAUAGCUCUGCAGGCUGAAUUGGACCGGAUGAGUGUGGAAAAUGAACGCCUAAAAGUUUUGCUUAGUCAGGUGAAAGAUAACUACAAUUCCUUGCAGAUUCAUUUUGCAACACUGAUGCAACACCAACAGACUCGAAAGGCCAAAACAGGAAUAGUUGAUGAGGUGAUUAAUGGAGAUAAAAGCAAUGGAGGAGGCCUAACAAGACAGUUUAUGGAUCUGCAUCGAGUUGAAAAAGAUGAGCCAUCACAUACUUCUUCUGAAGGUGGAUUGCGGGAUUGUUCUAGAUCACCUAUGAAAGACAAGGUUGAGUUAGAGUAUAAAAAACAAAAGAUUUGUAGUAGUAGUAGUGAGAUUAUUCAGUUGGAUCUGGAUAAGAGUGAUUCUCGGAAUGGUACUACAACAACUGGGAGAGAGGAUAGCCCAGACCAAGCAAUUCCAGGGUCGGUUCUUAACAAAGCCCCUAGAUUUACUACUUCAAGGGAUAAUGAUCAUCAACACUCAGAAACCUUGUCAAUGAUCAGAAAAGCACGUGUCUCAGUUCGAGCACGAUCAGAUGGAACUACGAUUAAUGACGGAUGCCAAUGGAGAAAGUAUGGGCAGAAGAUGGCAAAAGGAAAUCCAUGUCCUCGAGCUUAUUAUCGUUGCACCAUGGGAGCUAGUUGUCCUGUUCGCAAACAAGUACAAAGAUGUGCAGAAGACCGGUCGAUCCUUAUUACCACUUACGAAGGUAAUCACAACCAUCCACUCCCUCCGGCUGCCAUGGCAACGGCAUCCUAUACAUCAGCAGCUGCAUCAAUGCUACUCUCAGGAUCAAUGCCCAGUGCAGAUGCACUGAUGAAUUCAAACAUACUAGCAAGAACUGCACUUUCUAGCUCACCAAGUUUCGCAACACUUUCAGCUUCAGCUCCAUUUCCUACUGUUACAUUGGACCUCACUCAGCCUAAUAAUGUCUCACAGUUCCAGAGGGCAGUACAAGGCCAGUUUAACAUGUUUUCUCCAAGCUUGCCACAUUUCAUGUCUGGGCCACAAGUUUUCGGUCAAGCCCUUCAAAACCAAUCAAAAUAUGUGGGUCUUCAUAGCUCUCAAGGAAUAGAGCUUCCUCCCUUUGCAUCCAGCAAUCAGAUACAUACACCCUCAUUGAGUGAUGCAAUUGGCUCAGCAACAGCUGCCAUCACAGCAGACCCUAACUUCACUGCAGCUCUAGUAGCGGCCAUUACCUCUAUCAUUGGUAACGUUCAUUCAAACCACGGUGGUAACAGUACUCAGCCAACUACAAGAAACAACGACAACAAUUGAUGAAGCAUAUACUGUAGCUUCUUUUUAAUAAAACAGUUCACUGCAACCUUUCAAUUAGUUGAAGGAAAAAACAAAAAACAAAAAACAAAAAAAUUUAUCUCAAUUUCUUCUUCUUUUUUUUUUUUUUUUUUCAGGAUAAAAAUAAUAUUAGACCGUGUUCUCCUCUAGCUAUUAGCAAAUUGUGCACUUCUCUUUUGUUUUCAUUAAAUGUUAGGACACAUAUUAUGUCAACCACA